AUGCAUUGGCGUUGGAAACCCUGGAAAGUGACAGGAUUGAAUCAUGUUUCGAUAGUGGUCCCAAACAUAGAAAAUGCGGCCUCAUAUUACCGUGAUACCUUUGGGGUAGAAGUGGACAAACCAUUUUCGGCGAAAGAACAUGGCGUGCACGUGGCGUUCGUGCAUAUGGGUAAUACGAAAAUUGAGCUUAUCAGCCCAAUUGAUGAGAACAGUCCUGUGACCAAAUUCCUUGAAAGAAAUAAGCAAGGGGGCUUGCACCAUAUCUGCAUUGAAGUGGACCACUUGGGCAACGCCAUCGACGGAAUCAAAGCAAAGAGCCUUCGGUUCCUCACUCCGGAAGCCAAGAUAGGGGCUUGUGGUGUCCCGGUGAUAUUCAUGCAUCCGAAGGACGGCUUUGGUGUUUUGACGGAAUUAGAACAAAAACAUUCAGGGGAGAAACACUAAUCUGAUUAUAUCGCCGAGUCUAAAUUUCGUACCGUCUCCCGGUAUUUCGAAAUGGCGGCAUCCCAAUUCUCCUCAUGACUCAUGCUGUCUCUUGUGAUUGUACUUUCCCCCUGGUAUUCUGUGCUGAAUUUUCACUCUCAUCUUUUACAUUCUUUUUGAUAGUUGAUUAAAAGAUGGUGAUAAGGUUAACAUGAAAGUUGUUUCUAUAUUGGCCGAUAGACCGC